AUGCCUGGGCAGCGGGGAGCAGAGCCUCCCGGACCCGCGCCAGCUCCUGCAGGCUCCGGCCGAUACUUUCCAGGACAAGCAGUCCUGGUCUACAGCAACUCCGUCGGAACCUGGGUUCGCGGCACCAUCUCAGAGAUCUUCGAGCAAGCCUGCGUGGCUGAUGGCUACUCCAUGCCCGCGGGGUGCAUCAAGGUGGCCCUGGAGAACGACAGUGUGAAAUACGUUCAGCCCGAGCAGGCGGCGACGGUGCUCCGCCCGGAGGAGCCCGAGCCGAAGCCCGAGCCGCCUCUCCCAAGGUCCGCUCAGGAUCAGAGCCAUCCCGCACCGACAGGCCGGGCGGACGCAGGUGCCGCACGACUCGAGGCCCGCGAUCGUUGGAACACCUAUGAAAUUCGCCUGCAGGAGAUUUUCAUGGAGUACGACAGGGACAACUCUGGAGCCCUCGAGGUCGAAGAGUUCCGUGCAUUGCUGCGGGACUUUAACGAAGGCCGCGAUCCCACAGAAGAGGAGCACGCCUUCAUGAUGAAGCUCUCUGACAAGGAUGGUGAUGGUCGCAUCAGCUUGGGGGAGUUGCACUAUGCCCUCCGUGCCUGGCACAGCUAUCGUCACAUGGACGAUUCGCUUCUCCGGCUCUUUGCUGAGUUCGACUUCGACGAGUCGGGACACCUUUCCGUGGCGGAACUGGAACGCUUGUUGACGGCGAUGAAUGGCAACAAGCCAGUCCCCCGGCACGAAGUGUUCCGUGUCAUGCAGGAGGCGGACACACUAGGUGACCACGUCAUCCACCGUGCCGAGCUUCUGGGAGCCAUCUCGGCCUGGUACGGCAACGUGGACCGCAAGGACACGGACUUGCCCAGCCUGCUGCGAGAAGCCCUCGCCCGGACCAUUCAGGAAAGCGGGGAGACUUCUUUGGUUAUGAGUGGGCAGUUCGACAGCGUUCUGAAAGCCAACUCUACAGUUUCACUCUUGACUCUUUGCUAUUCACCGCUGCCAGCUCUGAGCUUCACCCUUCCAGGAGCCUCGAUGCGCGACUACGACAUCCAGGAACUGCUGGGCUUCGGAUCUGCUGGAAAGGUUUUCAAGGCGAAGCAGAAGCAAGAUAACAAAGAAGUGGCACUGAAGGUGAUGCAGUGCUUGGACGAGGAGAUGCUGCGCAUCCGCUGCGGUGAGUUCAAUGUCCUCCGCACUCUCCGGCAUCCGCACAUCGUCAAUGUGCUGAACUUCUGGACCCACGACAACGAGGCGGUCCUGGCUAUGGAGCUUCACAGCCAAAGUAAUCUGCAGCAAGUGGUACGGAAAGCAUCCUCUGUGGACGAGAUGACAUCCAAGCAUCUCUUUAAGAUGCUGCUGGAGGCCGUGGAUUUCUUGCACCAGCAGAGAAUCAUUCACCGUGAUGUGAAGCCAGAGAACAUCCUGGUUUCCGAUGACUUGAGCAAUCUUUGGCUUGCUGACUUCAAUGCCGCCCACUCCCUGCUCGAAGGUGGAGCCUUGAGCAUGACGUUCACCGCCGAGUUCGCCUCGCCCGAGGUUCUUGCUGGCAAGAGCCAUGCUGAACCUGCUGAUGUUUGGAGCUGCGGUCUGUGCUUACACUUUAUGCUUCGUGGGGAUCUGCCUCGGCGGCUAUCCAAGUAUUCAUCCAGGAAUUCCUUCAUGGAUGCAGUUAUCUCGCAGCCUGUCCAAUGCGAUGCACCGGGAUGGGCUACCUUCAGCAGCGAGUGCCGGGAGAUCGUGAAAGAGAGCUUGUGCGUUGACAGUGGGCUUCGGCCAAGUGCAGCUGAGCUACUGAGUCGACACGUGGACAUUGUGAAGGGACAGGCCGGUAAGAAGCAAGAGCUUUUGGCUUCUGACCUGCCAGCGGUUCCAGUUCAGUCGAGCAAGGGUAAGCGGAAGUCCUUGGUGGCGGUGUCAAAGGGCCUGCAGCGCAGUUCGCACUUUGAGGAGGGUCGGGAUGCAACUGCGACGGCAGGUGUAGCUGCAUCGAUGGUGAAAGGCUUUGUUGGAUACUCCCAGGUUGAUGAUGGUCAGCAACCCUUGGCCGGAGCGUCCUGGCCGCCCCCAGCCCAGGGUGCGGGAAGCAGUGGACCGCUCCCGAUGAUGUCAGAUCCGAGCUUGUCGCAGCAGCCCGUGACUUUCCGAAUGGUUAAGGCCAUGCCGCUGCUGCUAAGCUCUUGCAGCAAGUUCUGCUACGUCGGCUUUCCCUUCAUCUUUGGGAUCGUUCUGGUUUUCGCAGGAUGGGAGCAUAGAGAUAGCGUUUGUCCCCGCAACCUGGAUGGUAUCCUGAUGUGGUUUGGUUUUCUUACCUUGGUGUUCAGCGGGCUGGCCUACGUCACAGACCCUAAUGCUGUUGUUGGCCGCAUUGCGGUUCUCACCAUCCUCGUGGUCUUGAACCUGGUUGGUUUCCUGUGGACAAGCGACCCGGAGGUCGACAGGAGGAAGGGUGCCUGUGGCUUAUCGCUUGUCUACUUUAGUUACCUUGUCUGGACAACGGUGCCAAUUUGCAGCCUAGGCUAUCUUGGUUUCCUUGUGGCCACCCAUGUGAAAAAGCUGCAGCGCAAGGAUGAGCACCUUCAGAACGAGGUCAUCCCAGUUGUCUUGUGA